AUGGGUGUUUGUUCGGUCAUAUGCGUCAUAUUCAUCACCAUUAUCUUCCCUCCGCUCGGCGUAUGGGCUGUAGCAGGAUGUGGAAUGGAUUUACUCAUUAACAUAUGCCUGACGCUUCUUGGAUACUUGCCCGGCCAUAUACACGCAUUUUAUCUUGAAUAUGUCUAUUACGACAGGCGGCAACAAGCCCGUGAGGGUUAUGCUCCACCGCGUCAUGCUCCAGGCAUCUACUCCGACAAGGUGCAAACGGGCGGGCAAGCCUUCCGACAAAAUUACGGAACAAUGGCACCGGCACCGCCAGCUGUGCAAACUGAACCGGCGCCCAUUGGUGGACAACCGUACGAAAGCCAAGCAUAUGGGAACCAGCCAUAUAAUCAGGGUUAUGGUAACCAAGGGUACGGCAACCAAGGAUAUGGCAACCAAGGCUAUAGCAACCAAGGGCACGGCAAUCAAAAUUCAGGGUAUAUCUAA